AUGGGACGUGAGGAGCAAGGAAGGACUUGGUGCAUGGACGCAGCUCAACUGGACACGCAAAGGAAGAAGGAGGAAGCCAUCUUGAAGCCAGCUCGACCCCUACUCGACCAUCCGGUCGAGUUCCUCAACUCGACCGGCCAAGCUUCAACUCGAUCGAGCUGGAAGUCAACAGUCAAACCCGAAAAAUGUUGCUUCCCCCUUGACUUUCCCUUUGACCCUAAACCUAAUCCUCUUGUGUAUGCGAACUCGAUCGAGUCGGUCAACAGAAGACUUGGUCGAGCUAGAUUUCACACGGGUAGAAAGAGAACUCAGAGGGUACAAGAGGAACCUGAGGUGCUUGUUACUGAUACAAUGGAUGUACCAGAGGGGAAUGGAAACCCUUUGGGCAAUGGACUCGGUCGAGCUAGGCAAACUCGACCGAUUGGUCUAGGAGAUGCUCCAAACCGCCAUCAACAGAGACAAGGGAUUGUUCCACCACCAGUGCAGAACCACAACUUUGAGAUCAAGCUGGGAAUGAUCAACCUUAUCAAUGGUGUCUCUGAAGAUGCCAUCAAGCUGAGACUCUUUCCUAUGUCUCUAGCUGACAAAGCUCACCAAUGGGAGAAGAGCUUGCCCCAUGGCACAAUCACCACUUGGGAUGAAUGCAAGAAGGCCUUUCUUGCUAAGUUUUUCUCCACCGGUCGCACAGCCAAGCUAAGGAGUGAGAUAUCGAGCUUCAUCAGAGGAACAAUGAGACAUUUGCUGAGGCUUGGGAGAGUGGAUGAUGGCUGGCAGCUUGUGGAGAACAUUGCAAACUCCAAUGGAAGCUAUGGAGAAGAGUAUGAUCGCACCAACCGGAGCUCGACCCCACUCGAUCGAGUCCGAUGA